AUGCCACUCACAUUCUCUGACUUGAAUCAUUUUCCUACAGGGACCAUGGUUCCAUCAGGGCUUGAGCAUCAGCUGAUCCAAAUCAAAAACCGUGGGAAAGCAGAUUUUUCUGUUAACAAUGCCAAAGUCAUAAAGCCAAACCUUUGCUUAAAUUCUACAAUCAAGUGCCAUGGAAUUGAUUCAGCCAACACUUCUGCUCCUAUCAUUCAGGAAGGAAGUGCUGGACUGUCACCUACUGUUUCCAGUGUUUCACCAAAUCAGAUCCAACCUGAUGGUGGUGAGCAUCAAUUUCCUGCGGAAGACAUUGCAAGAAUUGUCAGGGAGAAGUACCAAGAGGAAAGAUAA